GCUUCUUCUCCCUGAUGUCCCUCCACCACAACGAGCUGAAAACAUGUGAAAGAGGGGGCAGGGGGCUCCACCAGAGGAAACCUGCAAACUUCAUGAGCUCAGAGCCCAAAGAGCUGAGCAAAGAAAAGAGAAAAGAGGCGAGAGAAUGACUAAGAGGCAGGAAAAUGUGACGGUGUGACAGAGAGCUGGAAACUUUUCUAGAAUCAGUGAAGCUGAGGAGGAAGAGAACAUAAAGAGACACCGGCUGACCGUCUGAGUUCACUGAUCGACACAAACUACAGGAGGACCACCAUGGAGCUGCUGCUGACCCUCCUACUCCUCUGUUCCCUUCACGCUGGUGUCCGGUCGUGUCCGGAUGGAUGUCAGUGUUUAGAAACCAGAGUCCACUGCAGCGGUCUCCCAGAUUUCCCCUCAGGUGUUCCGUCGUCCACCUCCUACCUCUACUUGUCCCAGUGCAGCUUCGACUCCCUGAAACCGGAGGACCUGUCCGGAUUCUCUGACGCCCUCAACAUCUUUGGGAUUAAAGACUCCGGCGUGAGGGAGGUGCGUCCCGACGCAUUCGAUUUCACUCCAAACGUAACCGCCUUGGGAUUUAGCGGCACCGAAAUCCAAGAUCUACCAGAGGCCUUGUUCCAGAACCUUCAGAAACUGAAAACCUUGUCUUUGACGAGCAGUAAGCUCUCAGUGCUUCGCCCUCAGUGGUUCUCACCGUUGAUGGGUCUCAGUCACCUUGACCUCAGUAGGAACCUCUUCACUUCUGUACCUGUGGAAACUUUCCACCCUCUGACUCAAGUGCAGUACAUUACACUCUCUGCAAACAACAUCAGUCAACUAUCUGUAGAGACGUUCAAGGGUCUUUCUGAGAUGAGAAUCUUACGUCUCAACAGAAACGUGCUCCAGAAGCUUCCUCUCGGUAUAUUCGACGACCUUGUGAACCUGGAGGAGCUUUCACUGAAAGACAAUCUGAUCACCCACCUCCACCACGACCUGUUCUCCAAAACUGUGAGGCUCCAGAAGCUGUUUCUCUCCCACAACAGGCUCACGACUCUCCCACAGGGGAUCUUCUUGAACCUGCCCUUCCUGUCCCAGAUCUCCCUGCAUGAAAACCAGCUGGAGAGCCUGGUUCCGGGGCUGUUUGGACCCAUGGCACUGCAGGAGCUGUGGCUGUACGACAACAAGCUGAGUCGACUGGAGGAUGACACCUUCAGGAACCUGACUCAGCUGCGCCUCCUGGUGCUCAGCCGCAACCGCAUCAGCCACGUGUCCGUCGGUGCGUUCAGGGGUCUGGAGCAGAUCGGGGAGGUUUCGCUGCACACCAACCUGCUCACCACCCUGCAGGCCGGGACCUUCCAAGGACUGCCCAGACUGGUCAAUAUCUCCCUGGAGCACAACUUCAUCAGCUCACUGCCUUCGGGUUUCCUGCAGGGUUUGAGCCACCUGGGACAGAUCGACCUGAGAAAUAAUUCCUUCCCCAACCUGCCAAAGGAGAGCCUGGAUGCCCUCAGUGUAGCGGAGGAGGUUCUCCUGCAGCAGAACCCCUGGAGGUGCGACAAGGACAUCGUUCCUUUGAGGGACUGGCUUAAACGUCACCCGUCCAAGGUCAACCAAACCCUGGUGCUGUGUGACAGUCCCUUCAGCCUGAGCGGUGAGAUGGUUGCUGCUCAGACCGAUGACAUCCUGAUUCCUCUCAGCUCCACCGAGGAACCAGUGAUGACUUCGACGGAGAAGAGGAGGAAACCCAACACACCUCCGACCAAAAGAACCACAGCGUCGCCCGCCGUGAAGACUACCCCGACAUCGGAGCAGGAGGAGGUCACCAGCAGCGGCCAGGACCAGAACACAACAGUUUCCGGCGACACGUCGAUCAUCCUGAUCGUCGUCGCCGUGGUUUGCACCGGCGUCAUCUGCGCCGUCAUCGUCAGCUGCAUCUGCUGGAGGAGGAAUAAGAGCGGGAAAGGAGAAAUCGGUCGCGGAAAUAAGAACUCUGUGUUGUACAUUGGCUGGACAAUGCCCAACUUCGAUUUAUGGCCCCGGGUUAAGCCCUCUGCUGCGGAUAUCAGUAGGUUCAUUCCCAUAAUGAACAAGAUGGGGGAGAUGAUGAUGUCCAGAGGAGAAAUCAUCGUUCUUUUUCUGUCUCUACUGUUUGAUUUUUCACUGACUCAAGUUCAACCUUGUGAAAAAGCGACCGACUGCCCCCAAGAGAACCAGGAAGUCUUGGGUUCAUCAACGACAGAAAUCCCACAGCUCUUGCGACCUGCUGUGACGGAGGUGUUUUUCCUGGAGAGUCAGAUCAAAACAAUCCCCAAAGCAGCCUUUGAGAAAAACCCUCAGCUGGAAAAGUUGGAGUUUCUAAACACUGGCACAUCCUCCAUUGAGCUGGGAGCUUUUGAAGGUUUGAUUCACCUCAAGCACAUCGAGAUCUCCAGCACUCCGCUAACAUCAAUCCCAGUGGGAGUCUUCAAAGACAACAGCGACCUGGAGAAAAUUAUACUAAAGUCUAACGCACUCCAGAGACUUGAGAAAGGUUUGUUUGAAGGCCUCAAGAAAGUAACAGAGGUUCUGCUACACAUGAACAAGAUCGCAACCAUCGAAGACGGGACUUUUGAUGGUCUUGACAACCUUUUACUACUCCAUUUAGCUAAAAACAACCUCUCUGCCGUGUCCACCGCCUGGUUCUCACACAUGAAAGAACUGCAGAUACUAAGACUUUACGAGAACCAGCUCACCUCCGUUCCUGAAGACCUUUUUCAGAGUUUACCAAACUUGAAGGAGAUUGGGCUGUACGGAAACAAAAUAACGGAGCUCCCACCGAAUCUGUUCCCACAUAAAGACAAACUAAAUAAGCUGCUUUUGGAUAACAACCUCCUGACUGGUUUCCCUGAAGGAUACUUCGUCGGCUUCUCUCAGCUGAAAGACCUGAAGCUGAAGAAUAACCAGCUGACGAGUCUUCCUCCGGUGCUGUUUGGAGAAAUGCCCAGACUGACUGAAUUAAGCCUCCAACAAAACAAUCUGAGCUCUCUUCCUACAGGAAUAUUCGGCCCUCUGAAGAAAGUCAGGAAGCUGGAUCUGUCUAAAAACCAAUUCUCCACCGUCUCCGCUGGGUUCUUUGACGGUCCAGAGAAGCUCACAGAGCUGAACCUCCAGAACAAUGAGAUAAAGUCACUGGAUUCGGAUGUGUUUGAGAAGCUGAACUGGCUGAGCACCCUCAAGCUCGCUCACAACAACCUGCAGACGCUUCCUGGAGACGUUUUCGAGCCUUUGACGAAACUCAUAAAACUGGACCUGAGCAACAACCCCUGGAGCUGCGACUGUAACCUGGUAGAUUUUUACUCCUGGAUGAAGGCAAACGCUGACAAACUUACCAAUAAAGUGGUCUGUCAGCAUCCAGAACAUCUGAACGGGAUGGAAGUCAUUUCACUAGUUGAAGAUCAGCUUAUUUGCCCCACAUUUCCUCCUACAACCACCAUCUUAACCACCACGACCACUCCUAUAACCACCACAAUGCUCCCAACAACAGAAGCAACAACAACCACCAUCUCGACCACCACGACGCCUCUCGCUACAACACCAACCACCACUGCUCCAACCACAACUACACUCCCAACCACCACCUCCACCAUCACAACCACAACACCAACAACCGCUUUGCCUCCUACAACGACCACAACUGUCUCCACAACACUUUUAGCCACAACCCAACCAACAACCACACCUACAACCACUAUGCCCACAACUGUGGUCACCACAACUACUAUGACUACAGCUAUGGCCACCACAACGAUGACUACAACUAUGGCCACCACAACUACUAUGACGACAGUUCCACCUACAACGACCACAACAACUGCACUUACAACCAUUUUACUCACCACAAUCCCAACAACAGCUGCAACCACAACCUGUAAGACAACACUUCUACCCACAACAACCACACCUACAACCACUAUGACCACAGCUGUGGCCACCACAACCUCUAUGACAACAAUUCCACCCACAACAACCACCACCCCUACAACGACCAUGUCUACAACCACUAAAACUUCAACUAUCGCCACCACAACCACUAUGACAACACUUCCACCAACAACGACUACAACAACUGCACUUACAACCACUAUACCUACCACAACAACUACAACAACUCUGCCCACAACCACCACACUCAGAACUACCCGCCCAACUACCACCCAAACAACAACCCCUCCUCCACCGACCACUCCAGCGAUCUUCGAAUGUCCCAUCCAUCCGUUGACUCAGGCAGCGCCGGCCUCAUCCAUGUAUCGAAACAGAUAUCUUCAGUGCAAGUCUCGGUUGCUGAUCUACAUCCCGUUGCUGCUGGUGGAGAUAAUCUGCACGUUGGUGCUGGCUAAGUUCACCCUGUCUCUUUACCGUCUGCUGCAGAGCCGAGAGGCGAGGAAUAACCAGAUCAAACUGACCCGGUUUGCCUACAGGAGAGAUGUCAUGCUGAGGCCUCUGUGAGGAGUUUAACAGCAACACCUUGGAAAAAGUGAUUGUCAUGAUGGUGAAUUCACCUGCAGCAGUCAUGUGACUCAUCAAAACAUCCUUAAACCAGCAGAAACAAAUUUUUUGGGCAGUUUGAGGUCAGUGGAAGUAAUGAUGUGAUCCGUUGAAAGUAUGGUUUCGUUCAGCUCUAAAUAAAUAUUUUUCUGAAGUACGGCGGCCCGCGGGCGGGCCGUUUUUUUAUCGGUAUACGCUUUUUUUAAAAUAGAAGGACACUGCAAACACGAUUAUACAAACACUAUACACACAUAGAAAGCUGAGAUUCUCAUGAAUCCGCCGGUAUAAACCACUUUCAGAUGUGAUUACCACAGCG